AGCCGCGCGGCUCGAGCGGCCAGCGCUGCCGCGCGGCCAGUGCGGCCCGGGCCUCGGUGGCUCGGCCGCUGUGCCUCCCGCCGAGGGGCGGCGAUGGCCAGGGUAGCACCAGCAGCGGACGUGGCCUCGAGCCCACGGUGCGGGAGCCCACUGCACGAUUCGACCCGCGUUCCCUCGAAGAACUCGCCCAACAUCCUUUACAAGCGCUCCUAUACGGCUGGGGCGGAAGGCGUCCGAGACGGCGGGACUAGUUCGAAGAACUCGACCAACAUCCUGUACAAGCGCUCUGCCUCGCACGAUUCCACUCUCAAGACGAGCAUGAGCAUCGUGCACCUCCAGAGGGCGACCGAGCCGGGCAGGUGGACAGCCCGGGACUGGUACGAGUCCAAUAUGGCCAUGUCGUGCCGCAGGUUCAUCCGCGGCAGGUUCUUCUCGUUCUUGACGUUAAUAUGUUUGUUCAACGCCUUGUUCUUGUACGAUGCAUUCAUCGUGCUUCAGGUGUAUUGGAUCGUCGAGACCAUGUCUACAGUUGGGUAUGGCGAUUACGCCCCCACAACUUUUUUGUCUCGGUUGGUGACUAUGGUUUGCAUGGUAGCUGGAGUCGUCUUCUUCACAUACCAGUUGGGGAGGAUCCAGAUGAUUCUGGUGAAGCAUAAGAAGGGCACAGGCGCAUUUACACCGAGCAAGGGUAAAGAGCAUGUGAUAUUGAUAGGAGGGGGCGUUCGCAAAGUCGACGAAACGUUGCUGAUGGCAUUUUUGGAAGAGCUGUAUCACAAGUCUUACAGAAACCAAUGGCCAGAGCUCGUGGUUAUGACCUCUCUUGUCAAUAGCAUGGAGAAGAUGCGUGAGCUCGUGGACCGCGAGCUGGAUUGGCAGGCGCGACAGAACGUCCACUUUAUGGUCGGAUCCCCUCUCAGCCUGGCCGACCUGGAACGCUGCCGGUGUGAUAGCGCCACGCUCGUCUUCAUCAUCGCCGACACGUCUGGCAUCAACGACCCCCACGAGGACCUGAGAUUUGACAAGCAGAACAUCCUCCGGGCUCUCAGUGUGAAGAACUCGUUCCCGGGCUUGCCUUUUCGGUUGAUGUUAUUGCUGUCGGAGUCCAAGGAGAAGGCGGCGCACGUGGGCUUGCGGCCACAGAGGUGCUUCUCUGUGAACCAGAUGCGCAGUUGUCUUUUCUGGCAAGCCUGCCGCUGCAAGGGCUGGAACACCCUUCUGUGUAACCUGAUGGUCACGCGUGACGCUGAUGAGGUGGAUAGCGCGAUCUUGCUGGAUGCGCCGUGGCUAGAGGAGUAUCUCCUCGGUCUUGGGCACGAGGUCUACGGCUUUCUGCCGCUCCCUGAGCUGCACGGCAAGUCCAUCAGGGCUUUGACCAAGGAUGCGUUCAGACGCUUUGGCAUUUUGGUUAUCGGUGCGCAGAUUCACGGCCGCAUCGUGUUGGCACCGAUACAAAGACACGAUGCAGGGAUCAUACGUGGCGGGACGGUGCUAUUCGCGUUGGCACAGGACGAGGAUGAUUUACGAGACAUCGCUGUCGACAAUAAUACAUUGUGUUGGAAAGAUGUCUUUACCGAGGAGCGGUUGCAGAUGUUCGCCCAGGAGAAGCGUGAGCCGUCGCAUUUUUUCGUGAGUUUGGACAGCUUGGACCAGGCAAUCGAAGUGACGUCCAGAGAGGAGUCCGACAAUUCUCACGAGCGUGACUCGUGCGGGUUGAUUGCCAACGAGUUCGAUGGUCUCGAGGAAUCCGACAUGGGUAUUCGCGGUGGCGGAGGGCGCCGACCCGCCCGCGGACGUGGGGAGCCCACAGCCCGGCUUGGCCAGCUGCUGCUUCCCCAGUCCGCCCUCAGCGGCCAGCCAGCCGUCCCGGCGGACCUCUGCCCGCGAGAGGCGCUUUCCGCGGCAGGACAGCCCAGGCGGCGUCGCCUGGGCGGGCCACGGCACGCAGGAGGUCCGCGAGCUGCCCGUGGUUGCCAGGAGGCCGUCCUCCAGCAGGAAGCUCGACAGGCUCUCCGAGAGGGCCCGGACCGCCCGGGAGGCGGCGCUGCGGGCGUCGCGGCCCGUGCCCGAGGAAGGCAGCGGGCAGGAGACCGAAGGCGGAGCACUGCAAGCGGGGGGAGCUCCGCAAGCCGGUCUAGCCUCGUCAACCACCCGCUUGGAAGGCGCGGCUCGGUGCUGUCCAGUGACUCCGACCCGAUCUCGGGCCAGCUGGUGUCGACGCUGGCCAUGCGGGCGGCGGACAUCCGGGCCCGCGCCAUGGAGGCGCCCUUCGUGCUGCUGCUGGCCCAGAGGUCCUGGUCCUCCGCGGUGAGCUUCGUGCGGCAGAGCCGGGCGGGGUACCUGCCGUUCGACAUGCCGAUCGUGGUGUUAUGCCCGAAGGUGCCCGCCCAGGACGUUGCGGAGGCCCUGGACCUCGAGGGCGACACGAACCUUGGGGCCGUUCGGGGCAGCGCGAGCCUGGCGUCCGACCUCCUGCGGAGCGGAGCGAGCGAGUGCAGCACAAUCGUGUGCGUCGGGCAGGAGGCGGAGGACGAGUCGUACCUCGGCUCCGAGCUGAUACCGUGCUGGACGCGGACGUGGUGA